GACGGAACAUGGAGCAGUCCUGUGCCAACAUGCGCACCCAUACUAUGUCCGCCUCGGACGGCUCCAGCUAACGGGGUGGUGUUUCCUACCGGACCGGUCAUCUACGAAGAAGGGGUCGAGUUUUCCUGUGACCAGGGAUACGUACUGAACGGCGCUGCUACUGCAACGUGCACAGCUGAUGGAGCGUGGAGUCACCCUGUUCCAACAUGCUCACGCAGACAAUUGCAAUGUGAGACUCUGACGGCCCCAGCUAACGGAGCGCUCAGUACCACAGACAGGACCUACCAGGCCGUGGUUACCUUCACCUGUAACACGGGAUACGUACUGAACGGCACCACUAAUACUACGUGCCAAGCUGAUAGAACAUGGAGUAAUUCUGUUCCAACAUGCACACUUGAUCGUAUCAAGGUCAGUAUAUGCCCUCCCGAGAUUGAGGAUCUGGUAGUUGGAGAGACCGUUUCCAUCACAUGUAACACCACAAGGCUUCCCGGUGAUUAUAACUACCAGUGGACGGUGGAUGGAGCAGUCGUACCAAACCAGGGAGGUCCUGUCUUCAGGCACAUUGACGUUUGUUUCCAGUAUCAGGAUAACAGCCAGGGACUUUACUCCCGAGAUGGCAGACCCGUGUUCAGCUGCUUUCAAGAGCAUCAAUGAAGAGAUAAAGAAUUGGUAUCAGCAAGCUGCGAGUAGUGUCCAAGGCCAGAUAUCAAUCAGAGUGAAGGACGUAAAACCAGGAAGCGUUAUUGCAACCCAGAAUGUAAAUGUGCAGGAUUCUGUGCUCCAAGAAAAGGACCUGUAUAACAGUAUCUACAACGGCCUGAGAUCAGCUGCCCAGACUCCUGUACUUCUCGGUGUGGAUCCAGAAAGUGUGACACUCUUAAGUGCAACAACAUGUUACGGUGAAACGGUGACUGUGAGAAACUCAUCCUCGGAUCGCGUGAGCCUGACGUUCCCAAGCUCUGCAGCAGACAAACAUGUGUACUCAACUCAAAGGUGUGCAAACAACACGGAGAGUGCUGGAGUUCCACUGGCCGUCCGAAGGUGUAUGGGGACUUUUCAGACUGGAGUUAGCUGGGCAAGCCCGGAGAUAUUUCUUUGUAAACUAAACUUAUCCAAACUGGCACAGGUUCCUGUUACUUCCGAUAAUGUAGCAGAAGUUGCUGCAGACUUACAGAUUCUGACGUCUUUGGGGAGAUCACUUACUGCAGAAAACAUCACAGACACCGCCACUGUCCUGGAGAACAUCGUAAAUACGGGAGGAGAUGAGGAUGUUGGCUAUUCCUUUGUUGUGUCAGUUGAUCAGAUGAUGAAUGCUGAUGACGGCGUUCUUUAUCAGAGUCAACUUAAGGAUCAAGCUCCCUCCAGGAUUGUACAGGCACUUGAACAGUUCAACGAUCGUGUCAAUUUGACAAAUAACCGUUUUCGCCGCAUCGAACCAAACAUCGGGGUGGAAACUUACCAGAUGGGAGCUUUGGAACUGAUCGACAGCGUUGGUUUUGCAUCCCUUGAAGGUGGUGAAGACCUAGAGGAUGGAAUGGUACGAUCCUACUCUGACUCGUCCUUCAUCCCCAAAGAUCGAGUGGAUGCCUCCAUAUCUCUGUUUGAAGAGCUUAGAUCAGUCGUUGCUUUCCUCAACGAAAACUUAAUUGAUCCUACAGAUGUGGAAGUCCGUCUAAGUUUCACCAUCUAUCAGAACAGCCGGCUGUUCCAGUCCAACCAGACAGCCUCUUCCUUCACCGGCACGAACACCAGGGUGAACAGCAGGGUCAUUGCCAGUAGAGUCACGGGGUUCCAACUCGAGAAUCUCCCCAACUCAGUAGUAACAAGAUUCCUUCCUAUCGUUGAGAACAGUACAAACACCACUGUAAACAACAUCAGGUGUGUGUUUUGGGACUUCAAUACUGGAGGAGGGGGAGCCUGGUCAACAGAAGGAUGUGACUUCGCUAGGAUUGACAACAGCAGGGUGGUGUGUGAGUGCAACCAUCUCACCAACUUUGCUGUUUUGGUGGACAUCUACGGGGGCUUGCACAGCUUCACAUUGGACUUAAUCAGUAAGAUUGGAAUUGCGCUGUCCAUCCCAAGCCUGGCCCUUACACUCAUCACUUAUCUGGCAUUCAAGAAACUUCGUCAGACCAGACCACACCGCAUCCUCAUCAACCUGUGCCUGGCCCUACUGGCAACUCUUAUCAUCUUCCUGGCAGGCAUCAGCGCCACCAGUUCUCCUGUCGGCUGCACUGUUGUGGCAUUUUUCCUGCACUACUUUCUCCUGGCUGUCUUCAUGUGGAUGGCUGUUGAAGCUUUCAACAUGUACCUGGCCUUUGUGAAAGUCUUGGGGGCGUAUGUGUCCAAAUUUCUCCUCAAGGCUGCCAUCUUAGCAUGGGGUCUCCCCUUUGUUAUUGCCAUCAUCACUCUGGUUGCGGAUGUCCCCAGCACCUACCCUGAUGGACAUGAGACCUACAGGAGUAACAGAUUUUGCUGGCUGCAGGGUAACCAGCUGUACUUCGGGUUUCUGUUACCUGCUGGACUGAUACUGCUGUUCAACACCAUCGUAUACAUCAUGGUGAUCAGCAAGCUGACAUGUAGGGACAGGAAUAAAGUCGGUGAUCCUAAAAACGGCGGAACCAAACAGCAGCUGCGGAUCGCCAUAACCGUCAUGGUGCUGGUCGGACUUACAUGGAUCUUUGGAUUCUUCAUGAUCAAUGAUGGUAGGAUCGUCUUUUCCUACUUAUUCUGCAUUUUCAACUCCCUGCAAGGAUUCUUCAUUUUCUUCUUCCAGUGUGUGCGCCAAAAGGAAGUCCAGGACCUGUGGUUUAAGUAA